CGGACUUUUAAACAACAUUGAAUGACGCAUUUGCGUAAAAAUAUAUUUUAGAAAAAAAAAAAACCUUAGCUGGUAUAUUCAAUGCGUUAGCUUGGCACUGCUGUUGUCACGUGAAUGUUAAACUAACAAGCAAUAGCCUGUCAUGCUAGCGACUAGCACGCUUGCCUCCGGAACCUUUUAGGCGACGCACAAACGCCACUUAAAAAAGAAAAAAAAUCCUAAUGCGAUGUCACAGUGUCAAUAAAUAUCACAUUUCCGUAAAAGAAAUAGUACAAAAUAGGCUUAACCAAGCGCAAUCACUGGUUUUGAGUCUUAUUCUCACAUGCUAGCAGCUAACGUGACUGACCGGAAGCGUGCCGUCAAGUGUAAAACACCGUCGCCGUUAUAUUAUCGUUCCGCUUCUUUAUCCGUUUCAACUAGCAUGUUUCGCCGCUGUAUAAAUUGCCGCUGUAUAAAUUGCCAAACCCGCGCGGAAUGCGUACAAAUGAGCUCGCAAAGCCUACUCGAGUGUAGCAGUUGCUAACAUGUCUGGAUUAAAGUUGUCCAGCGGAGGAAAAAGUACACGAAACGAAAGGGAACGCGUGACGUGGUCCGUGGCAACGGAAAAUAGGGGAACAUGGGGAAGAAAAAAGCAAAGGUCAGGAGAUCCAGAGAAGAUGAUGAGAUUGAAAUGACAGGUCCAGUUUGCAGGCACGUUAGGAAAGGCACAGACCAGACUCUUCUCAAGAAGAUCUCGGGCAUGUUGGAUUGGACGUGUUGCCAGGACUGUAAAAAUGAAGAAAACAAGAACAUUAGCACCAAACCAUCUGCGGACUCUGACGACGACAAGGAUACGGUGGUGGAAGUGUGGAUGUGCAUGAAAUGUGGCCACAGAGGAUGUGGACGAAGCUCCAAGAACCAGCACGCCAUCAAACACUACGAAGCGCCCCGCUCGGAUUCGCAUUGCUUGGUGAUCAGUUUGGACAGCUGGAGUGUUUGGUGUUACGAAUGCGACGAUGAAGUGCGUUACUCCGGGACCAGUCAGUUGGCUCAACUAGUCAACGGUUUAAAAAAGAAAAGACAGCCAGAUCCUCCGCCGACAACACCAAAAGGCAACGUUGCCGACGUGAGGCCGAAAAUCGUCUCUUUCAAGACUGAAGAAGACGAAGACAAGGAGAACGUGAGGACCCGGAGCUGCGAGAGGAGGCCCGCCAAGAAGGAAUCCAUGUCCAGGUCGGACGACGACAGCGGCGUACCCGUACGGGGACUCAGCAACCUCGGGAAUACUUGUUUCUUUAACGCUGUCAUUCAGAACCUUUCUCAAACGCAGUUGCUGAGACAAACUCUCAACAAAGUGAUGGAUGACAAGAUGAGCAUCAGCGUCAAACCUGCGUCCUCCUCCAAAUUGAAAACCAUCGUGGCCGAACUGGACCGACCCGGCUCGCUAACGACUGCGAUGAAUCAGCUUCUCAACGAAAUCCAAGAGUCGAAGAGGGACGUGGUGACGCCGCAGGAGCUGUUCACGCAAGUUUGCACAAAAGCCGCCAGGUUUAAAGGAUUUCAGCAGCAAGAUAGUCAGGAGCUGCUGCGCUACCUGCUGGACGGCAUGAGGGCAGAGGAAAGCAAAAGAGUGAACUCCGCCAUCACGGAAGCACUGAAAAAAUCAGGGAAACACAAAGAUGACGAGCAGCUCAAAUCUGUCGUCAAAGAGUACGAAAAAAACGGGUUGCCCAAGAAUUUUGUGGACCAGGUGUUCGGCGGGGAAAUGACCAGCACCAUCAUGUGUCAGCAGUGUAAAACCGUGUCGGUGGUCACUGAGAUGUUUCUGGAUCUUUCGCUUCCGGUUUCUGAUCAGGCAUACAGAAAAAAGUCCCAGAGUCAAGACAGCGACGACAGGCGGGAAAGUCUAAGCGAAGACGUUCCUCCCGCUAGCAAGUACCAACAGAAAAAAGCCAAGAAGCAGGCCAAGAAACAGGCCAAGGAAAAUGAUACUGGCUUUCAUUUUCAUGAUCAUCAAUCCUUUUUGGAGCAAUCUCAUCAAAAGCGGCAGCACAAACUGGAAACCCGAGUUAGCUUUAACAGUCAGCCGGCGGUUUUGAUACCAGAAGCCGCUAACGAGAUCGAUUCACGAGAUUUGGCGCAAACCUGCCGGAGCCGGAGUACCUCAGAAACCAAAGGCGACUCGGGCGGCGAUUCGUUGUCCGGAUUUGUGGACGACGAGGACGAUGAAUUCGCUCUGUUGGACCGGUUUGGCAAAAUCAGCUUGAACGACGCCUUCAUCGACUGCUCGGACACGGAGAGCGAAAACGAGGUGUUGGAGGACCAAAGCAAGGAGUACAUGGUGGUCAACAGGGACCCGGAGCUGGCUUUCCAGACUUUGGCUCGGAGACCUUCCCCAGACAAGCAGGAGUGCUCGGUGGAGUCGUGCCUCUUCCACUUCACCGAGGAAGAGAUUCUCAGUGAGAAUAACAGCCUGCUUUGUGUGUACUGCACUCAACGGCAGGCCGGCAAGAACAAAACUUCAGGUGCCAAAAAGAACGUCUACACAGAGGCCUCCAAGCAAAUGCUGAUCUCCUCGCCGCCUCCGGUGCUUACUCUUCACCUGAAGAGGUUUCAGCAGAACGGUUAUGGUAUCUCCAAGGUCAACCGACAUGUACCCUUCCCUCUGUUUCUGGAUCUGGCACCGUUUUGCGCGCUCAAGAGUAAGAACGUGGCGGAAGGCGAAACCAGAAUUCUGUACGGCCUGUACGGCAUCGUGGAGCACAGCGGAACCAUGCGGUCGGGUCACUACACGGCGUUCGUCAAAGUACGACCCCACUGCUCCAAAUUCAAGGGACCCGACGUCCCUUCAGGAGAGGCUCCCCGCGGGUCGUGGUUCCACAUCAGCGACACCAGCGUGCAGCCCGUCACCGAGGGCCGAGUGCAGAGUAGCCAAGCCUAUCUCCUGUUCUACGAGAGAAUCCGCUAACGUUUGUCAAAAAAGCGUGCCUCAACGCCCUCCUGCUGCUCCGGAGAUUUUCACCCAGUAUCGCCGACGUCGAUUUUGGCGACUUCUCAGAGGACUUUAGUGCUGACAUUUUUACAGCUGUUUGUUUCUCACUGGUGGGGAUGUGUCAAGGUGUGCAAACAUUUGUACGCAAACUCGUCAUUCCGUAAAAAUCGACGACGGGGGUGGAAUUUUAAACAAAUACAUGUUUAUUUUGUAUGACGAUGAAAUGAAAUACAGUACAUUUGGAAAUUAGGGCUGAGCAGUGGUUUCUUAUUUACCGCUUACUUGUGUGAGAUUGGUUGCGAUUCAUCCCCAAAAAUGAUCGUUCGCCCAAAAACGUGGCUUUUUUAGAAGAAAAGAAAUUUUAAACACUACUAUAUCAGAUUCAUACAUCCAAAAAUUCAGGAACGCUAAGGGCGCAAAGGUUCAAUAGUUUUUGAUAAAAACGUACGGUUCAGCCAAAGUUUGCCAAAAACAUACCAAUUUAUUUCUAAUGGGCAAUUUUUCCCAUUCAAUUCAAUAGCACAAACACUUCUGUUCACGCAUAACCCAAGUGACUCAGUAUGAACAGGAAGUGACCCAAUAAGAACAGGAAGUGACCCUGAAAUACCCCAAAAUCAACGGGAAGUGACCCUGAAUUCCCCCAAAUCAACAUGAAGUGACCUGAUAUCGACAGGAACUGACCCAGGAAUGUCUCAAAAUCAGUGGCGCCUCCAGUAAUUAUUCAUAGGGGUGGCCAGAUAAUGCCACUAAAAAUCUUGGGGUGGCACACCAAAAACUAAAAGCCAUAAUUUCAGGUUUUUAUUACGUUGUUGCAGUAAAAACGCUAGAAGAAAACUUUUAGAAAGCCUUAAGGACACGCCUACUCAUAUACUUUGGUGUAUUGUUAUAUUUAAUGUACUGCUGCAACAAUUAAUCGAUUAACUCGAGUCAUUCGAAAAAUGAUUCGAAUAAAAUUUUGCUGCUUCGAGUAUUCGUGAGUAAAGUGUUUGCAUUUAGUUUUAUUGAUUUGGGUUGAUACAUUACCCUACAGUGGCAACAUGAAUAUGACAACUCAUAAUCCCGUUGCUCCCUGUUAAGACCAACAUAAGCUAAGUUUCUAUUUGAGCUAAUGCUUUUUUAAUCCAUUUAUAAUUUAGGUAAUAGGUAUAUUUAGCUAUUUUUGUGGGAAUCUGUUUGAACCAUUUGUUGAUAGCA